AUGGCGAGCCAAGAUUCAAAGCCCGCUGCUGGCGCCAGUGGCCCUACCCAGUGUGUUGGACCGUUGUACCGCUCAGAGAGCCAAAAGCCUUCGGCAACCGUCUCGACCGAGAUGAAUUUGGAUAACGUUACCAUCCUCUCUCAGACUCCCCAACUCAUUGCCCUCCUGACCAUCAUCCGGGACAAGAACACUGAACGUGGCGAUUUUAUCUUCUACUCUAACCGCAUCAUCCGGCUUUUGGUCGAGGAGGGUCUGAAUCACCUGCCUACCGUUGAGCAUGAUGUGACCACGCCCGUUGGACGUACUUACUCGGGCCUCAUGUUCCAGGGCAAGAUCUGCGGAGUAUCCAUCAUGCGUGCUGGCGAGGCCAUGGAGCAAGGCUUGCGAGAUUGCUGCCGGUCUGUGAGAAUCGGCAAGAUUUUGAUCCAGCGAGACGAGGAGACGGCCCAGCCUAAGCUGUUCUACGAUAAGCUGCCCGAAGACAUUGCCCAGCGCUGGGUUCUACUUCUAGAUCCUAUGUUUGCCACAGGUGGUUCGGCCAUCAUGGCUGUGCAGGUUCUCAAGGCCAGGGGCGUUCCGGAAGAUCGUAUUCUGUUCCUCAAUCUGAUUGCCAGCCCCGAGGGCAUCAAGAACUUUACCUCUAAAUUCCCAAAGCUCAGAGUCGUCACCGCAUUUGUUGAUCAGGGUUUGGACGAAAAGAACUACAUCAUUCCCGGCCUCGGCGACUUUGGCGACCGUUUCUACACUGUCUAA